GAUUUUAUAAGCUGAUAAAUAUUUUAUAAAAAUAUUUAGUAAUAUGACUGUGGUAUCUAUAAUAUUUUAUCCUAAUAUUAAAAAAUCAAAAUUUUAUGUAAAAUGUAACAUUUUAUAACAAUGUGACAUUUUUUCUUUUAGGUAGUAAGUUAAGAUUAGAUAUUUAAAAAUGCAAAGUAUUAUACAUUCUAUAGAGCAGUGUAAUGUUAUCCGUUAUAUAUCUUAUAGAACUGCAGCAAAAAUGCAAAUUUUGCAUAAGAAACUUUAUAUGCAGUAUGUUCAAUUACAACUAAUUGCUGCAGUCUUUGAGCGCCAUAGACUUUCAAUUACAGAAAAUUGUGUAAAUUUAGAUUCAAGUGAAAUUGAAGAUGUUCUUUCUGAUAUUUAUUUUGCAGCAUACAAAGAAAAUAAUAUCAAUUUUGAUGUUGAUUUUGUAACAAAAUUGGCAUUGAAUUAUGUUUUAACAACAUAUGACAAGCAAUGUGCUAGGACUGUUUCUGUAUUUUCUGUGAAAGUUGCUUUAGUACUAAUUAGCUCUGGAAGAUUACAAGAGAAGUAUGGAUAUUUUUAUCAACAAUUAGCUGAUCAUAAUGCAUGCUUAUCUAAAGCUAGUUUACAUUCAUUACUGACAAAUAUUUGUAAAAUUGCGGAAAUGCUUGGAGAAAGUACAGCAUAUGGAUCUCAAAAUAUCCAAUCGCAUAUUGAUAAGUGUUUUUCAAAGUCUCAGGGAUGUCUUGGAGUUACUGAAUCAGAAUUUGCAGCAUGGAUUAUGCAAGAACCUCCUUUACUUGUUUGGAUAACAACAUUUAAUCGUAUAAAAUCUGCAGAAUAUAUCAUACAUAAUGUUAGAUGUUCAUCUUGUAAAAUAAUACCAAUUCAAGGGCCACAAUAUACGUGUCUAAAAUGUGCAUCAUAUCAUCAAUGUCAACACUGUUUCUUAUAUGACAAAAUAUCUGGAAAGCAUAAACUAAAACAUCCAGUUCGUGAAUUUUGUACUAAGACUUCAAAUCGAGAAUUAACAAAAUUAGUCAUUGAAUUAAUAAGGAACAAAUUGAGAUUAUGUCCUGCUAGAUCUAUUGAAUUAAAUGUUGACGAAAACAUUCCACAUAUAAGUAAUGAAAUAACACAUACUGAUUGUGAAUCAAUAAGAAGUACGAUGAAAAGACGAGUUUUAAGUGAUCCACAAAAAGAGCUACAAAGUAUAAUUACUCAUCUGGAAGAAGAAAAUAAACAAUUACAAAUUGAAUUACUUGAUAUACAGGGUACUAAGGCAGAAAGACUUCAACGUCAUAGAGUUACAAUCGAAUCGCAAUUACAACGUUUAAAAUUAUUAAAAAGGUGUUUAUUUACUGAUAGGAUUUACAUGCCCCAAGUAAUUAAUCAUAUGCAAAGUACACCAAUGGUUCCUCCUCUUUCAUCAAGAUUAACAUCUUUGCCUAUAAAUUUUGAUUUAAGUCCAAUUAUUCGACAAGAAAAUGUAGAACACAUUUCAGAUGUAAAUGUUACAGAUAUAUUACAGUCAAAUAAUUUCACUCGAACUGGAGAUUGUAUUAAUAAACAAAAUCAUGAUGUUAUUAUGGAUUCUGCAGAAGCAUCUACAAGUUUAGGAUUCAGCAAUGUACUAGAACCUACUCAAAUAGAAUUAAGUACAUGGAUUGGAGGUAUUCACAGAGAUAAUACACCAUCAUCCUUACAAAGACCUGAUAAACAUUCACAACAUAGCAGUUUGCAAAAUAUUCAAGGCGAUUUAAAUGAUAUACUAGAUAGAUUGCAAAAUAUGGUUACAGAUGAUCGUUUACUGGAUGAUUCUUAUGUUGCUAAUGACAAUUGCAAAUUAAAACGUGCUACCACAGAAAUGGAAGAUUUAUUAACAGGACUUAUUCAAGGUAUGGAAUCUCGAAAAAGUAAGCUUACUACUAUUGUGUAGUAAAUUUAUUAAUUAUAAUUAAUAUUCUGAAUUUUCAUUAUAAAUAUUUACAAAAUAAAUAUUUCCGUCCAUAAAGUAAACUUCAAAUUAUAAUUAUGAAGUAUUAAUAUUAAUUAUAAUAAAAUUGUAGUGUAAAUGUAAUAUGUAAAAAUAAUAUAUAAUUAUGGCAACAUUGAAGUAACUUUUUACAAAUUUUGAACAAAUUUCAAAAAAUGUACGAACGUACAAUUUUCAAACAUUAUAACAAACUAUUUUUAGUGUAUGUUAUAUGUAAACUUCAAAUAUAUGACAUAAGCAUACAAAAUAGAUGUAUAUCAAAAGAAUAGUAUGUUAUUUAAUAAAAACUUUUUUAAGAAAAAUUUGUUCUUUUUUUGCUAGUUUACUUAACAAAAUAAACAUUAAUUGUCUUAUAAAAAGAUGUAAAUAAGAUUCAUUAUAUUGAUGAAUAGACUAGAUUAUCAUUUAAUGUAGUUAUAUGUCAAUAAUAUGAAAUAUGUUCAUUUAGAAUAUAUAGAACAUGUAAUAUAUUAUUACAUAUCUUUUUCAACUAGCAAUGUAUCCGUUAAAUAAGUAACUUUAAAUAAUCGGGAGAAAUGUAAUUUCUCUGAUGGUAGAUUUACUGUCCAUGCCAUUACACGAAUAUCACGAUUAUACCAUUCUUUUAUAAGACGCGGAUUUAGUAUAUCUUUGUGCAAUAAUACAGCAGAUACACCCAGAAUAUAGUAUACAAAAUGGUGGAACACCCAUUCAUAAAUAUGAUCAAACAAGCACGCUACUAUAUGUUUAAAUGGAUUGCUAUAUUUCACUGGACCUGGACCAUCUAGAGCUGAAUAUGAUAAUCUUGAAAAAUAUUGUGGUCUCCAUGCAAGACCUGCCACAAUUCGAGGUUCCUUUCUUCUAAUCAUAUAUACAAUAAUAGGAUUAAAACUGGAUAUAAUUGCUCUCUGAAAUAAUUUUGGAUACUUUUUAUAUGUAUCUAAAAUUACUUGCACUAUUUCCAUUUUGGUUUCUUUUAUAUCAAUAAUUAUUCUUUGUUCAUUUGAUAAACAUAUUUCUAGAGCUUCAUGAAGCAAUGGAAUUUUUUCACCAUCAAUAAACUUAUCUUUAAGUGGAUGAUUAUGGGAAAUAUCUAAUUGUUUUAACUGAUCCCAGGUCAUGUCUUUAAUUAUACCAGUUCUUCCAGUAACUCUAUCAAUUGUUAGGUCAUGAAAUAUUAUAGGUACAUUAUCUUUUGUAAGAGAUACAUCAAAUUCAAUUGCAGUACAUCCUUUUUCCUUGCUCUUACGAAAGGCUGUUAAGCUGUUCUCAGGGAAAUCAUAUCCUCCACCACGAUGAGCCACCACUCGCAUGCAAUAUUGUUCUCCAUUACCAUGAUCUUUGAACAUAGUAUUAUCUUUUUUCAAUGAAAGGGGAUUUACACCAAGCACUUCUUGCACAAUGCUCAAAUUUGGUGGUGGAAUCCUGGUUAUUUUUAAUCCAACUGCGAUAAUAAAAGAACCCCAAACAAUCCAUGGUAUGCAAAAAUUAUAAAAGACACUUAUCAAGGUACUCCAAAUAAUUUGUGAAAAUAUCCACAAUAAAGCACUAUUCAGAAUUAGUUCAAUAAUUCCAUGCAUUUUUCAGAGAAAUCUUUAGUCUUGUUAACGUUUUUUAAAAGAAAAUGUAAGUUAACUCUACGCAUACAAAAACUUCAACUAUGAUAUUGCUGUAUAGCACACUGUAUUACUUGAAAAUUUAAUUUUGCACAUUCUUGUUAACACUCUUUAAACUUCUUAAUAUACAUAGCUAUGUCUGAUAACACUUGUUUACACUACAAUAUCAGUAUUGAACAAAUAGAUGAUUUAAUAUCUUUGUAUCCCUGAAACAUUAAACAUUCUUUUAGUGAUAUGUAUCUUAAGUGUGAUUAAAUCUUAAAUAUCAAUUAUCAGAACUUUUAGUUUGUUAAUUAGAAUUACAUUUUACCAAUCGUACUUUAUAAUAUAAUUACAAUAAAUGUUCUUUAACUAUAGAUUGUCACAAUACUAAAACUCAGUUUACAUGAAAGAUACUUAUCAAUAAUCCUGAUUUUUUUAUAUGAUAAAAAUAUAUAGAUGCAUACGUAACAUCACAUACGAAGGCAUACACAGCUACGCAUUGGCGCUACUGAUGUAAGAUUUACUAUAACCAAUUACAUAAAAUUCAUCACUAUGAAUUACAUACUAUUUACAUUGGAAAAUGAAAAUAUGACAUUAAAUAAUAUUUAAUGAAUUGGAGACAAUUUACAUACUUAAUAUAACAUUUUACAUUUACUAUUAUAUUAUAUUAAAAAAAAUAUAAAUGACUUUAUUAAACAAAGAAUAAUAAAAAUUAAUAAAGAAAAAAAAACAUUUGAAUAAAAGACAAUGGGAGAUUCGUUAGAUUUUUUAACAAAAUAUCAUAAUAUAUCUAAUAAACUAAAGAACGACAUUAGCAACUGAAUGUGAACAAAAGGAGUUAUGGCAAUAUGCAGGUUUAUGUCUAUUAGAUGCUGCUAGAUGUCAAGAAACAUUAGAAAAUAUUUUUUCUGAAUUAAAUUUCUUAAUAAAAGCUGGUCGAGAAUUUCUUGUGGCUGAUAAGAAAGACAAAGAUAUAGGAUGCCCUUCUAUAGGACAGGAAAAUACACAGGCAGCAAUAAGUUGUUUUGGUCAUGCGUUAGCACGUUGUCAUAAUCAAAUAGGAUUCAAUACUAUGUCAGCUGGCUUAGCACUAGAACUUGCACUAGCUUUGGGUCCUACUCCAGCUGGCAUACAACAAUUACGUAAAGCUAUUGAUAUUUUCCCAACUAUAAAAGCUAUUAAUACAUUAGUAUCUUAUCACAUUAAGCAAGGUGAUUAUGUAUCUGCUUUACAAAUUUUGAAUGAUUUUGUUGAAUUUGUUGAAAGUUAUAUUAAUGCUGGUGCAAGAGGAAAUUACAGCAUCAUAUUACACAGAUUUUAAUAUGUGUGAAGAUGAACUAUUAUUGUUACAAUCAUUAGUAUUGGCAUGUCAAUCACAUGAUUAUCAAGCAUUGAUGGAAUUGGAAAGGGAAUUAUGGAUUUAUCUAAACGCUGAACAAAAGGAAUUAUUACAUAAGUUAAUUCAAGUUUUAACAAUACAAUAAAUGGACAGUGUUAUAUCUAUAUCAAUAAUUAAAAAAUUAAGAAUAUUAAGUGAUAUAUAAAUGAUAUUUUUUAUUAAAUUUUAUAUUUAUUUUAUUUAAGUAAUACGUUUAAAAAAUGUUUUUCUUUCUAUAUUUAAUAUUUCAUAUUUUAAUAUUUUAUUUAAUUUAAAUUUUUAUUGUGAAAGCUUAAUAAAUUAAUUCGUUAAAAGCUAUUUGAUGAUGUAAGCAAUUCUCACAUGAGCCAUCAUUCCUCCCAUUCUUGUAAAGGAGGUAGAUAAAUAAGUAUGUCGUAUCUGUGUGAAGUGUGAAAGGAAGAACUUGUUGCUGAAAGCAAGGACUUUAGAGGGUCGAACUGUACAGUGUGCGUAUUUCUAUAUAUAAUGAUACGUAUGAUGGUAUUGUAGAAGAGGGGAUCUCUUGCGUUCCACGAAUAUACUAAACUCCACUUUCCUAUACCCGAAGAUGAGGCAAGUCACUAAGGUAGAGUCAGUGAUUACGUGGACGUGACCACGGCUCUAUGUUAGUUUGACGUAUUCGCUAUUUGUAAUUUUAUUUUAUUAAGCAAUAUGACCAAAGAUUGGAAAACUAUUUUUGUAACCGGAGGUGCUGGUUACAUUGGAAGUCAUUGCAUCGUCGAACUUUUAGAGAGUGGAUAUAAUGUUGUUGCAAUAGAUAAUUUUGCUAAUAGUGUUACUGAAAAUACCGGUGAGUCCGCAGCUCUUAAAAGAGUGGAACAAAUUACCGGGAAAAAAGUUAUAUUUUAUAAUUGUGAUCUCAUUGAUCGAGACAAACUUGAAACAGUUUUUAACAAGCAUAAAAUAGAUUGUGUAAUUCAUUUUGCGGCAAUAAAAGCGGUUGGUGAAUCAAUGCAAGUGCCGUUGCAUUAUUACCGAAAUAAUAUCAUCGGUGCCAUUAAUUUGCUAGAGGUAAUGAAGGCUGCUGGAUGCUUUCAAUUAGUAUUUAGUAGUUCUUGUACUGUGUAUGGCGAGCCAAACGAACUUCCAAUUACGGAAGAACACCCGACGGGAAAUAUUACAAAUGUAUAUGGUAGAACAAAGUAUUUUAUCGAAGAAAUGCUUAAAGAUGUAUCAAGAGCUGAAAAGAAUUGGAAUAUCAUUUCACUAAGAUAUUUCAAUCCAGUAGGUGCUCAUCAAAGUGGUUUGAUUGGAGAAGAUCCCACAAAACCAUUUACGAAUUUAAUGCCUUAUAUAGCGCAAGUAGCUUUAAGACAUAAGCCUGAACUCGUUAUUUUUGGAGGUGAUUACUCUACAAAAGAUGGUACAGGCAUCCGUGAUUAUAUUCACGUUAUGGAUUUAGCUGCUGGUCAUGUAGCAGCUUUAAAUGCUUUACAUAAACGACAUUUGAGGCUAAAAAUUUAUAAUUUAGGUACUGGUAAAGGAGUGUCUGUACUUGAAUUAAUUAAAACUUUUGAGAAUAUCACAGGAACAACGGUGCCAUAUGUUAUAAAACAAAGAAGAGAGGGUGAUAUUGUAUCAAUGUAUGCGAAUACAGAUUUAGCAGAAAAAGAAUUAGGAUGGAAGGCUAAAUAUAAUGUUGAACGCAUGUGUGAGGAUUUCUGGAGAUGGCAAAUGAUGAAUCCACAUGGUUAUCGUAGUUCAGUAAAAAAUGGUAUUAUGGAGCAUGUAAAUGGCACUUUGUAAUACUGUUACUUCACUAUUAUUAAAACAUCAUUAAUUUAUGAUAAUAAAAAAUGCAAUAUAAAAUCAACAAUAUUGGAAUAUUUUCUUCUUUUUUAAUUUAAUACUAAUUAAUUAACUUAUUUACAUCUGUGUUAAUAUUGUUUUGAGUUUCUUUUGUUUCUUUUGUAUAUAAUGAUAAGUGUUGAAAUUUUAAUACUUCAAGACCCCAGCUUGUCCAUUUAGGAAGUAAAUAUCUAGCAAAUAUUUCUAAACAUCUUGGUUCAUUUGGAAGAUAAUCUUUCAUAACUUCUAUAAUUCAAAUAUCUUUAUAUACCUUCAAUAAUUUUUUUAAUAUAAAUUAUUAUUGAUAUAUAGUUUUA